UCACAUUUUUUAAAAACUAGUAAAUUUUUAUUUUUAUAAAAGAUAUGAAAAAUGUAUAUUUUAUUAUAUUUAAUUUUGAGAUUUAUUAAUCUUAUAAAUUGCAAAUUAGACUUGUAUUUAGAUUCGAAUGAAACCCAACGACUAUUAGGUCUGCAGUCGGAAUUGUAUUACGUUAGGAAUGGUAUAAUUAAUACCUACGCCACCCAAUUCAGGGUCUUGAUACCGGCUAGUAUGACAAAAAUAAAAUUCACUUGGAAAAAUUUGGGCGAUUCUAUAUACGCGGUGCCUUAUUCGAUCUCUUUCUCCGAAAUCAAGCCGCACAUAUUAUUGUAUGCUCCCAAAUUAAAUAUAUCUCCUUCCGGUUACGUUCCGAUCAUAAAACAAACGUUUUACGUACAAUUAAAAUGCCUCCCAGACGUAAAUGCAGAAAUUGAUUUAGACAUGGUGUUCAACAUUUCCAUUCAAGGAAAUUAUAGCGCUUUCACGUUAUUGAGGAAGAAGAUAUGCGUCAAAAAUCCUACUUUGGGCAGUUUGGACCAGAACGAUAUAAAAUCCAUUAAAAAAAAAAUAGAAAUCUUAAAUCUUGAUUCCAGUAAUUCUGAUCGCAUCUCUUACUCGGAAACCUUGCCACGUGACUGGAACUAUCAGGGAAUUAAAAUUCCUGUUGGUAAUGAGAAUGAGAAUAUGCCUUUAUCUCAUUAUCAAGAUUUUAGACCAGAUUUAUUUUCAAAUGGAGAGGCCAGAAGUGUGGAAGGAGCAAGUAGAGAAAUAUACAACAGUCAAGGAUCAACUUCCGAUCCCAAAAAACCAAAACAGGUCCUUAAAAGUUCAAAUAAUUUUAUCCUAGCAUUAGUCUGCUCUGCAGUUAUAAUCGCGGUUGUGGGGGCGCUCAUAACCAUUUCCCUCGCAUAUUUCAACAGAAACGCUUCUCGUUUCAACGAUUCUAGACAUCACCUUAAACCCUCUUCAAUCCAUUUUACAAACAACAAUAACGAAAAUUCAGAUUUCAAUUACCUUAAUAAAACUGAUAAUAAAAACUUUCAAGAAGAUAAAACAGUAAAUAACAAUAAAGUAUCUUCUAAGGACAUUUCGAUGUCCAGGGAACGUUGUUCUGUAUUAGGAGAUGCUAGCCUCGUGUCGUACAAAUGUUUCAGUGAUAAAAAUGGAAAGUUCGUGAAUAGCGAUUUAGGUCACGACUCCUCUCUAAUACCUCCAAAUCAAAACGUUCAAGAUAUAACUAACCUGAACCAUUACUACCUGGGCAAAAGUUUCGACCAUAGAUCGUACGGUUCGCUUAAACCGGCUACCUUUCCUCCCACCGAAAUUCAUCAAAUUAACUCCUCCGCGGAUAAGCCUAACACGGCGGUUAUAAGUGAUCAAAAUUUUUUGACAGACGUCGAAAGGCUGAGAAGGGAUCAUAAUUACAAUCAUCCUUACAAUACGAAGCAAAGACGACAGAAUUUAUGCGUUAACAUUAACGACAUAGAUAGAAGUUACGUGGCAUGUCAAGAUUUUGGCGGUGUCAUUGGAAAAAGGAAUAUUCUCAAUGGUUAUCAAUCUAACAAUUAUGUAUUGUCUAACGGCCGUGGGAUCAACAAGGGGAACUUAGAAAAUAGAUUAAAUUAUAAUCAAACUGAUCCCAAUCUCCCCAGCAAUACCAUUGAUUUUUACAACGUCGCGUGUAUCAAUAAUUUAGACAACGAAGCUAAUCUCUACGAUUGUAUCGUCGAAGAUAAAAGUUUAACUCAAGGAUCAACUCAGAGACAUCCUUUCUAUUAUCCAUUUGACCACUUGACAUUGGGAGAUGUUAUUGUUGAAGGUACAUUUGGUCAAUUGAGAAAGGGUAUCUUAAAGCCUAGGGUAUCUGAAUGUGUCGCGCAUAAUGGCGUUAGGGAGGAGAAGGUGAUAGUCAAAUUGAUAAAAAGAAAUUGUUCCAUUACUCAAGCCCAACAUCAACUCAUGAUCACGGAAUCAGCCCCUAUCAAACUAUCCGAUAUAGACCACCGCAAUGUCAUGUCUUUGAAAGGCUUUUCUCGAUACGAUAUGAGAGAAAAAGGUUUGGAUGGUAACCCUAAUUUUUCGAACGCCGAUAUACUUAUAUACCCGUUAUCCUCCACUAGUCACGGAAAUAAUAAUAAUGUUAUCCUCAAAUUGUUUCUCAAUAAGAUCAGGGAAACCGCAGAUAAUACGCAACGAUUUGGAUUAACGACGAAAAAUUUUGUCGAUUUAUCCAUCCAAUUAUUGCAUGGGAUUAAAGCUCUGCAUUCGUAUUCCGUCAUUCAUAAAGACAUAGCUAGUAGGAAUUGCUUCAUAUCGGAAAACAUGAUCCUCAAAAUAGGGGACACCUCUCUUUCCAGGGACAUAUUUCCUAACGAUUAUUCCUGCUUAGGUGAUAACGAGAAUAGACCAGUCAAAUGGAUGGCCUUAGAAUCAUUGCUAUUCAAUCAAUACUCCAUUUUUAGUGAUAUAUGGUCAUUUGGCGUCACCUUAUGGGAAAUAAUAAGCCUAGGCGUUAUGCCUUAUUACGACAUAGACCCUUUCGAAAUCGGUAAUUAUUUACAAAAUGGUUAUCGUUUAAACCAACCCACUCAGUGCCCGGACGAAUUAUAUUCCAUCAUACUAAGCUGCUUACAUAUAAGACCAGAAAACAGACCUAAUAUCGAAAUUUUAUUAAAUCUAUUGUUACAUUUUCAAAAGACGCUAGACAAUUUCAUUUAGAAACGAGAUAUAUUUAUCGUGUAAAUUAUAUGUAUUUUUAUUUAUCAAUAAGAAAAUGAAUCUGUAAUAUAUUACUUCAAUUUUCAAUUAAGUAAAAUAGAAAAAAUAAUAAGUAUUUUAAAAUUUAUAAAUUAAACUAUCAAUAGCAUUUAAUGAAUAGAUGUAAAAAGGGCAUUCAAUUAUAUCUAUUUAGAGUAUUUAAUUAUUCACUCUUUCGACGAUUUUAAUAAAUCCAUUUAUAAAUAACUCGCCUUUAAUAUUAUUUUUUUUUAAAACUAUUAAAUAAAGGCCUACGUUUAAAGAGUCUAGUAUUUACUUUACAGGGUAAAAAUAAAACCUAAAUUGUAUAUAAUUUUUUGAUGAUUUUAAUCAAAAUGUUAUAAAUUAUGAUUUUGUGCAUAUUUUAAUCGAAUCUAAAAUAUAUUCUUUAUAUAAUAAUCUUAAUUGAAUUUGAUAAAAACUGCAUU